AAAUUUCGCCCCUCGAAGAUUGCCUUAGAGACCCAUAUCCAGUACGAGCGCGCAGGUUGAUGUAGCAGUGCCAGGUUGCACCGUUACUUCCUGCCAAGUGUAUUUGUGUCCUAUAAAGUCUUCAUCUUUGUAUCACUAGAGCUUCCGAGUUUCCCCAACUUCAAGUUUCUUUCAUUACUUUUCGUUGAGGUUAAGCUGGUCUCCUCCUUGUGCAUUAUUGCACAUUUUCAUUCACUUCCUUUCGACACACCAAUCGUUGUUUUUUUGAUUCGACUCCGAGCAGCGCUCGAUACACUCGCUUCUGCGGCCAUCUACCUCUUUGUCAACCUCUUCAAUCAAUGGGAAAACUCAUCUGGCACGAACUAAGUCGCUACAUCUCCCUCACGGCGAGUGUUUAUGCGGUAUGGGCUAGUUUCUGGGGUUUCUUCUUCCGCAAGUUCUUUUGGGACUUCAUCGGUGGCAUCUUGCGCUCUCCCGGUGGUCUGCAACCAUCACCCAAGUUUGCUGUAUUCAUCACCAUUAUUGUCAAAUUCCCUAUUGUACAGAUAAUCACCAUGGUCCUCGGGUUCAUCCUAAUUGCGGUGGAAUAUCCCAUUCCCAUCUUGAAGGGAACUGCUAUAUUUAGGAGCAUCGCUCUUAGAGUGGUGUUACUGAUCAUGCAAGCCGCCGGAACGGUAUUAUUCUACCAAGGUACAAAUGCGGCAUUGUGGUCAUUAAUUGCUGCGAUGUUCUAUAUCCGUGCAUUGGCAUUGAAAGAGAAAAUGGAGGGUGCAAUAAGAAACAAAGGCCGAGUGGAUCAGGCUUAACGAGUACGUUUACACGCAGUGCGAUUCCCGAAUUUUCUGAACGGCAUAUACUGCCAGUCUGUGACUAGUACAGUGUACCAGUUUCCCUUUUCGAUCUCUUUUUCUUCCCUGUUGUACGUACUUACAUGUACAGUUGUAUCAAGAUGUCAGGCAUUGGAUUUUAGACAACAUAUGUUCACACGUGAACCUACUACGUGGGCGGCAAUUAUGUGUGUACAAGCGAUCCGUUCGCCUUUGGACUUUCACUACCAUGAAUCACAAUUAGAGAUGUUUGUAUACUACGUUUGCCGUAGAAUUUUAGUCUCUUUUUAAAAAUAGCGCUCGAGUGUCUCUACGACGACGUACUUUUAA